UCUCGAUUGCUCACGCCUGGCCGGCAGGGUGAAAGUUGAAAGUUCGUCCACAACAUCUGAAAACAGGAGACACGUGCGGGUUAAAAAGUCGCCUGUGCAGCAGUAGCACCGGCUGCAGCGAUGGCUGCCAUCUACUCAGGUAUCCAUCUGAAACUGAAGAGUCCUCUGACUCCGUGGGAAGAUAAGUUAAAGCUGGCACGUUUUGCCUGGAUCUCCACUCAGUGCCUGCUGCCCAACAAGGAACAGGUGCUGUUGGACUGGUGCACCCACGCUCUGACGGGCCGCUACAAUCAGAAGGUGGACUUUUCUCAGAAUGUUCUGGAAGGACUGUGGUGUUACCUUGACGAUCUGCUUCACAGCCGGAAGCUGCACUCUUUUCUCAAGCAGGGCAAGACCGUCAGCCUGAGGCUCAACAUGGCACAGCUGCUGCUUGACCGUCUCCAGGAGAGUUCACCUGUUGGCUCUAAGUCUCCAGUGUGUGUGUCCACCAUACUGAGUGUGUGUCAGGGCCUUCUCUCUUCCCCUGCGCUCUCAUCUGUCUUCACCACAAAGUAUGAACUCAUUGUUGAUCUCGUGGCUAAGCUCUGCUCUCUGGCCUGCCGUGAGCUACAACAGCCGUUGCUCACAGAACCCACAAUGACGGAGUCUGUCACAUGUGGAGAUGAGGUGAUGACGAUCAGCGAUUUGGACAGUUCCCAAAUUGGCCCGAUCACUGAAAAUCCUCCCGGUCAGCCGGAGUUAGAUGCUAAUAAAUCCCCUCCCAAGCCAAAGGAAAACCUCCGUUCAGCUAAUUUGUUUGAGGUGUUGCUUCAGGUGCUGUCAUGUUAUUUGUCAGUUCAGCGACAACAAGCCAAUCCUAACAGAGUCUCCACUAUGGUGACCAACCAGCUUAUCCAACCUUUAGCGCUACUCAGACACCUGCUGACCUCUGGGGAAUUUGCAACUUCUCACACACACCUGGGUCUCCGUCAGCAGCUGUCCAGAGACAUCCGCAUCAAGAUCGACUCCAUCCUUCAGUUAGCUCUCUUCCCCUCUGAGCACCUGACCGCCUACAAGGAGGAGCUCCUUCCAUCCAAAGAGGAGUCUGGGAAACGCGGUCCUGGAGGGGCAAAAGGCCCGUUGAAGCCAGUCAGUGCAAUCCUCUCCAAACUGACUGCUCAGGGCUACUGUGAGCCUUCCCUCCACUACACUGUGAAGUCCAACACAUUGUCUCUGCUGUUUAAGUUCUUUCUGGAUAGCUACGGAAAAGGGAGAGGAGAAAAUGAGGAAACGCAGAAGAUGCUGUGUUUCUAUUUCCUCACCAGAUUGGUCCCGUCCUUGGACGUAUGUCUCGAUGAAAACUCAGUUUCUCCAGGCAAAGCAGGCCCGUCAGUCUCCGUGUCCUCUGGGCAGACGUCUCCCCCAGCCUCCCUCUGUUCCCCAGAGAGCUGGAGCCUGGCUCUGCUCGCUGUGGAGUCCCUGCUAAGCCAGGCUCUGUCCGCUGAUAUUUACAAUGUAGCAGCCGACAGGAUCAGACACGGAGAGGUCCAACUCAAAUUUUACAGCGCUGUGGGACAAAUGCUCUUCAACCAGGCCCAGCCAAGCAUCCCGGCAUGGUACCGCUGUUUAAAGAUGCUGUUGAGUCUCAACCACCUGAUUCUUGAACCAGACCUGGACCAGCUGUUAUCUUCCGCCUGGGUUAACGCUGAAUGCAUGGAAGCACGAGUGCAGCGAGCCAGACAGCUUGUGGUGUGCAGUCUCCUCCAGACUUACACUAAGCUCCGUCAGCUGUCCCGCCUCUUCUCUGAGCUCCUGCCUGUGAUCUGUCAGCCAGCACUGGACCACCUGCGGCCUCCUCUGCUGUCUGAUGGCGCCUCCGCCACACUCAGGACUUGUCUUCUGGACACUCCCCCUUCCCAGGGCCUAGAGAUCUGCUCAUUAGUGUUGGAGAGCAUCAGAAGAUAUGUUCUACCUGACCUGGUGAAGGAAGAAGGAGGGGCAGAGAAGAUGGAGAUCGAUGGGGGAGGAGAUGACAAAGGGGAGAAUAAAGAAGUAACGAGAGAAGAUGCAUCUCUGAAGCUAUUCUCCCUCAGCCAACUGCUUCAUGUUGUGUUGUUUAGUCUGAAGACUCUAGACAAUGUCUCUCCUCUUCCCAUAGUCAGGCAGAGUCAGGGUUUGAUGGAGGAGAUGCAACAGGUCAUCAAGGAGUUGCUGAAUCUGUUGUCAACAGAAGGAAAGGCUGUAAAAACAAACAAAAGUUUAGUUCAAAGUACCCCACGAAAAGGCAAAAAGAAUUUGCAGUCAGUGAAAGUCUCGGAGUCUAAAAUGGGAGAACGGUGGGAACAGAAGACCCAGGAGGCCGCUCUCCUCCUCAGAUACACCUUGGUGGAAGUCGACACGCUCUUUAAUAUCCACUGCAGCAAAUACACAUCUCUUAGCUCGCCCCUGACAGCAGAUGCAAGUGGGACUGAAGAGCGCGGUCCAGUCUUCACCCAUAUAGAAAGUCUGCUAUGUGGUGAGAUUGUGCCAGCACGUCUCCAGCCAUCCUGCAGCCCCAUGAGCCGUCUGCUGCUCAAACUGCUCACGUUGCAACAGACGAAGAAGGUUUUGUUAGAUUCCCCCUUGCUUUCUGAACCCAGCACUGCAGCACUACUCAACAGAGCAGCCCAGUUUAUUUUAGCCAAAUCAGAGUUGGGGGUGAGUCUGGAUGGAGAGCAGGUAUGGGACGGGCAGAUAACAAGUGUGAACUCCAGCUCCUACCUUGCAGCACACUGGUAUCUUGUCACAUCCAAUUUGCCUUUGAUUGCUCCCUACCUGAGCGGAGAAGAUGUCGGCUGCGUAGCAGAUGAGCUUGUCAGUUCACUCCUCAGCAGACAGACCGACGGAGGAAAGAACCGUCCGUCCGGCUGUCUGACUGUCUCUCUCGUAUCUUCACAACUUCUCCAAAGCUGCGUUUUUGCCGAGUUGCCUUCGCUGUUCUCUGCCACAGUUUGUUCCCUCACACAAAGGAUUUUAGCCGUUCUCAAGGCAGCUCAUGUACCCAUGAGUUGUCCUACGCUCCUGAAGUUUCAGGAGAAAGGAGUUGGAGCUAACACUUUGGAGAGAGAGCCGCUGUCCACACUUGUGAUAAAAGAGACUAUAGUUGAGGAUAUAUUGGCAUCCUCAAAGGCUGGAGAGGUGUCUGUGUUGCUGACUGACGGACAGAAGAAGGAGCUGGUUGAUAUACUCCAAAUCUUAUCCGACCUAAACCCAGAUGGGAUGAACUCAGAGGAUCUCUCCUCUAUUUUCCUCCUCCUCUUCUUUAUGCUCACCUCCACCUCCAGUCAGUCAGCUCAGAGGGCUGUGGAGCCUUCUGAAUCUGGAGAUGAUGCUCUCUUCCUUGUGAAGCUGCUCAGGACUCUGACUUGUCUCCUGGAGAGUAGAAACUUCCAAAGUGUUUUGAAGCUCAUCCACGGCGGGACUCUGCUGCAGGCGUCUGUGUCCUCUCUCCUCUGGCGCAGCAACAAUGGAGGGUUUCAAGCCACAAGCAGCUCUGAUUGGUUGGAUUUAAUCAAAGCAGUGCAGGGCUUCAUCAGAUCCUUGGUCCAGUUGAUAAUAAUCAGAAACAGCAGCGUUCGACUCAACCUAGACCAGUUUGUCUCCUAUCUUACCAGUAAGGAGAUGGCAAGCACGCAAAUUUUGGCGCCCAGUUCAGCCGCUGUGUCAGGUAAACCCGAUCCAGCAGCGUCUAUUUUGUCUGUUCAUCUCCUGAUGGCAUCGCUGACCUCUUUCUCCCAGGCAAUGACCUCUAACCUGGGGAGGAGUAAACAAAUGGAUCAAACUUUGUCUCAGAUGCUCACAAGAACGACUGCUUCACUGGGACCGGCUGUUGAGUCCGUCCUAAAGCCCCAAACUGUCAGUGAGUCAGUCAUCCAACCAGCCAGCAUCCUCGGCCAAGCCUUCGUAGUGGAGGUUGUUACCGUCAUGCUGCACUGCGAACUGUCCUCACUGUCAGUGCAGAAUGAGAACAAGCAGAAUCAGCUCACCUUGAGUCACAUGACUCUGUAUCAGGGCUGCUGCCAGCAGAUCCUCAAAGAAAUCAGUUGUGCACAUAGGCCGUUGGACUUCCUGGUUUCCUCUCUACAUUUCCUGUCCACUUUCUACAAAGCAGUGGAGAAGACGAGCGGAGAGAGGAGGAGGAGGAGGAGGAGGAGGGAGGAGGAGGAGGAGGAGGAGAAGAAGGCGGCAGGGAAGUUGGACGAGCUGUACAUGCAGAUACUGCAGAAUGUGCACAGACUGCUGACAGCUUCUUGGAUUUCUGCAAAUGAUGUUUGUGAGCUCGAGCCAGCUGUGCAGGAUCUGCUGCGCCACCUGGUGGAGAAAGGUACAGCAGGUCGGUUCAACCUGCUGCUGCUGAUGAUCAAAGAGGGACUGGACAUUGUCAAGCUGAGGGCAGGAAACUACAGGGAGGUGCUAUCUGCAGUGAUCAUCAUUAAGCUGCUGUCCUGUUGUCAGUUACCUGAGCCCUGUGCUAAAGCUCUGUGGCUCAUUGCACCACAGAUUACAUCUGCCAUGGUGUUCUUAGUAAAAUCGUCCACUCAGGACGUCUCUCUGACCCUUCCCUUCACCGUUCCUACGGUAACGUCAAUGACGUCACUGCUGCGUCAGGGGGAGGGGCUCAUCAACAACCCUCAUCAUGUCAUCCUGAUCCUCGGAGCGCUGCAGUCGAUGCCCCUCGACCACUUGACCCCACCCGUCUACCAAUCAGCGUUCCUGGCUGUGCAUGAGGCGCUGUUUGCCAUCAUCCAGUGUCAUCCUCAGGUGAUGUUGAAAGCAGCUCCGUCGUUCUUAAAUGUCUUCUAUCGUCUGGUGGCGUCCAUCAUGCAGGAGGGCCGGCAGAGAGGAGACAGUGACACAGAGGGCGACGUGUAUCUCCAGUGCUCCAGACUAGUAGAGAGGAUGUACUCUCACAUUGCUGCUACAGCUGAGAGCUUCACCAAAAUGUCGGCCUUCAUGGUGGCUCAGUACGUCACAGAGCUUCAGAAGGUUACUCUGCGACCAGACGUUAAGCUGCAUCUAACAGAGGGCAUCUAUCGGAUACUGGACCUGUGUAUUGAGCAGGAUCUCAAGUUUCUGACAGCCGGACUGCAGAUGGGAGUCAGAGAGGUUUUCAAUGAGCUGUACGGCAGCUACACCCACUACCACAAAGCACAGAGGCAAGGGGAGGACAAGUACACCGUUUGAACUGUCACAAGCACACGCACCGGAGCCUAGAUUUCAACUUAAUUAGAUUAGAAUAAAUGUUCGUGCUAUGGAAAGACUAUGUUGAUAUGUAGUAUCAGCUUUUGAAAUCAGACGUAACAGCUUGUGGAUACCAUACGAUGUAAACACAGCUGUCGCUAAGAAAGUAUAUAAAACAAUGUUCACAUUAGGGUUUCAUUUUGAAUUCUGCACAUUAACACAAUACAAUAAGCAAUAUACAGCCAGAAACACACCUGCAAAAAUAAUGAAUUCAUUGAGUUGGCUGUGAAACAUGCGGGCUCUACUCGCAGUUCUUCCCCUCGCUCUCUCUCUCUGCUAAAAGGUUCAUCACAUUUAUUUUUCACUUGCCCGAUCGAACAACUGCACGAGAGAUUCCCCCCCCCCCCCCCGAACACAGCUUAUUUGCCCCGGCCCUUUACAGAUGGAUCACUCUUGUUACACCCUGACUGGAGGAGCAGUAGCGGUUAACCAGAGGACCUUCACAUUAAUGGAGUCAAUACAGGAAGUGGAAAGUGUUUCCUCGUCAGAAUGACCCCUCACUGCAACCAUGACAAAUUAUGUUUAAACUUGUUUUAUAUUAAUAUGAUUAUAAUUUCCUUAAAUUGAUGAAGAAAAUAUGGAUGUGUGUGAAUUGUUGCUGUCUGUGUUUUUAAUAGAUCAUUUGAAAUGCAAUGCAUUCCCAACCCUGUUUAUUCACGUCAUUUUGUGCAUAUUCAUUUUUCAAUACAUACAAAUGUUUUGUGUGGCUUUUGUGAUUGAAUAAAGUUGAUUCAAACUGA